GUAUAUGAUCUGGGUGGCCAGGUUUUGGCUGCAAGCAGUGCUCCUGUCAUCUUUCACUUGGCAAAAGAGACAGGCUCUCCACUAGAAGAAAUGGAUUCCCACAAGCUUGCUGUUAUUGACAGUUCCUCUGGAAAAUACCGAGAUGUUAAAGUUGCUGAUGAUUACGUAUCUGUUAUGACACUAACAUUAGAAAUCCAAGAAAAGGUGAAGAAUUCUGGUCGUUUUGGGGUUCAUGCUCUCAGUGAAGUUGCUUCAGACUUAGCUCCAGAUUAUCUUGAGCGUCAUGGACUUAAAUCUGUUCCUAAAUCUGUGGCUUAUGGUUACACUGCUUCAGGAUAUGGAUUUAUUCAAGACAUGCCUUAUGCUUACAUUCAUGAAUUUACCAGAACUUCCAUGGCCGGAAAAAUUCGACGAUUCAAAGGUGGAUAUACAAGUCUUUGGCAGAGGAUUGCUGAAUCACUUCCUAUAAAACUUCAUUAUAACACUGAGGUGUUAGCAAUCAGGCGGAACUCUGACAGUGUCACUGUUAAUGUCAAGGGUUCAAAUGAAAUUGAAACUAUGGAAUAUGAUAAGAUCAUAAUCUCUGGUAACUUUCCAUUAAAGUAUGGAAGAACUUAUAAAUCAGUGCCUUCAACUUGCUUAGAGAAUGAAACAGAUGUAAUGGAUGUAAGUGAGCUUGAAAAGGAUUUGUUCAGCAAAGUAGAAACAAAUGACUACUACACAACAGUUUUAAAGAUCAAAGGGCUGGAACAUAUGCCGGUUGGAUUUUAUUAUUUUGGUGAAUAUAUGGAAGAUCCCAGCACAAUUGGAAAUCCAGUUGCCAUGCAGAAAUUUUAUGCCGACAGUAACAUAUUCUUGUUCUGGUCCUAUGGCAACUCUGCUGAUAUUAAGGGACCGACUGUCACUGAGCUUGCAAUCAAAUCAAUAGAAUCCAUGGGGGGAGAAGUUGAGAAUUUCAUUCUUCAACGUCGCUUUAAGUAUUUUCCUCAUGUUAGCAGCCAAGAUAUGAGAAACGGAUUCUAUGAAAAGUUGGAGUCAGAGCUUCAAGGCUCAAGGAAUACUUAUUAUGUUGGUGGACUUAUGGCAUUUGAGCUUACAGAGAGAAAUUCAUCUUAUGCCAUGGCUUUGAUCUGCAAGAACUUUGCAAGUAGCAGUGAUUUACCAGUGUUUCCUUACACUAAGAGUUUGUUUCCCUUGCAAACUGAGAUCCAGAAAAAGGAGCCUAAAGAGCUAGGUGAAUUGCCUGGAGUGAAAUUUCCCAAUUUUCCUGCUUUGAAUAGCUAUUUAAAGCACUGGGGAACACAUCCAGUCACUCAGAACAGAACUCUUUAUACUUGGCUAAAUGAAGGAGGGACGGUGGUUGACAAGAGGACAUAUGGAGAACAACAUUUAAAUGCUUCUUGCAUUGCACAUAAGCUCUUAACAAGCCAAAAGCCAGUUAUCAAGCCUGGUGACAGGGUUCUCCUGGUCUAUGUUCCUGGCCUCGAUUUUGUUGAUGCCUUCUUUGGAUGUCUAAGAGCUAAAGUUUUGCCAGUCCCAGUUCUUCCCCCAGACCCCAUGCAGAGAGGUGGACAAGCACUUAUGAAAAUUGAGAACAUCACCAAGUCAUGCGGCAUAGUGGCAAUUUUAUCAACUGUAUCUUAUCAUUCAGCAGUACGUGUAGGUCUAGUGAAAAGUUUAAUCUCAUUAACUGGAAAAAAUGGGAAAUCCACAGCUCAAUGGCCAAAACUUCCGUGGCUGCACACCGAUACUUGGGUCAAUAACUCAAGAAAUUCAGCUGUGGAAGAUGUAGAUGAUCAAUGUGAAUCCCAGCCUGGUGAUGUAUGUUUCUUGCAGUUUACCUCAGGCUCAACUGGUGAUGCUAAAGGAGUCAUGAUAACGCAUGGAGGGCUCAUUCACAAUGUGAAGUUGAUGAGAAUUAUAUACAAGAGCACCUCAAGGACAGUGCUAGUGAGUUGGCUUCCUCAGUAUCAUGACAUGGGGCUGAUUGGAGGACUUUUUACAGCUCUUGUUAGUGGUGGAUCUGCUGUGCUAUUUUCACCAUUGACAUUUAUUAAGAAACCACUCUUAUGGCUUGAAACCAUCAGCAAGUAUCAAGCAACUCACAGUGCUGGCCCCAACUUUGCUUUUGAGCUGGUGGUUCGAAGGUUAGAGUCCGAGAAAGACAAGCUUCAGAAUUUAGACCUUUCAUCCAUGAUUUUCCUAAUGGUUGCUGCUGAGCCGGUGAGGAUGAAGACCUUGAACAGAUUUCUUGAUCUAACCACUCCUUUUGGCUUAUCUCAAAAGGUGAUGGCUCCAGGAUAUGGCUUAGCAGAAAAUUGUGUGUUUGUGAGUUGUGCAUUUGGAGAAGGAUAUCCUAUUCUUGUUGAUUGGCAAGGAAGAGUUUGUUGUGGAUAUAUUCACCCAGGUGAUGCAGAUGUUGACAUUGCAAUAGUUGAUCCAGAGAGUGGUGAAGAGCUUGAGGAAGAUGGAAAGGAAGGAGAAAUCUGGAUAAGUAGUCCAAGUGCAGGAAUAGGAUACUGGGGAAAGGAAGAACUGAGUCAGAAAACUUUUAGAAAUGAGCUUCAGAACCAUCCUGGACGCAACUACACAAAAACUGGAGACUUGGGAAGAAUUAUAGAUGGGAAGCUAUUCAUCACUGGGAGAAUCAAGGAUCUUAUCAUUGUGGCUGGAAGAAACAUCUACUCAGCAGAUGUUGAAAAGACGGUCGAGAGUUCGUCUGAAUUUCUUCGUCCCGGUUGCUGUGCAGUCAUUAGUGUCCCUGAGGAAAUUUUAUCAGCAAAGGGGAUUUCCUUGCCAGAUGGAUCUGACCAAGUUGGCUUGGUUGUGGUUGCUGAAGUAAGGGAUGGUAAAACAGUUAGCAAAGAUGUGAUUGAGCAUAUUCAGACACGUGUGGUUGAAGAACAUGGAGUCAGUGUUGCUUCUGUCAAGUUGAUCAAGCCUAGAACCAUCAGCAAAACAACAUCAGGAAAAAUCAAGAGAUUUGAGUGUCUCAAACAGUUUUCAGAUGAAACACUAAGCUUGGUGCCACAACCUAUUUUGACAAAGAAAUCACUGGUGAGGUCAUUUACUACAGGAACUUGCAGAGAAGGAAGAACACCCCGGGCACAUCUGGUGAGAAGUAGUACUCCUCUACCUAUUCCAAGAAUCAGCAACAAAGAAAUAGUGGAACACCUGAAAAGGCUUAUUUCUGAGCAGUCUGGAAUCCCAGUCAACAAUAUCUCAGUCACUGACAACAUGUCAACCUAUGGAAUUGAUUCAAUUGGAGUGGUCAAAGCAACUCAAAAACUCACAGAUUUCCUGGGAGUUCCAGUUGCGGCUAUAGAUGUUUUCACUGCAUCAUGCAUUCAAGAAUUGGCUAACUUCUCUGAGAGUCUUCUACUCAAGUCACAACCUCAACUUAUGAGCAAUUCAUCACAUGCUCCAGAAGCUGAAAUUGACUCUAUUGAAGUGGUUGUGGAUGUGUCCAAGUCUCGCCAAUGGGGUAUCUGUUUACUUCAACUCCUAGCACUUGUUUAUAUUUCUAUCAUGCUGGUCACUCCUGCUUAUCUAUCCAUCACUGCUUUUCAAAGUUUCAUACCAAAUGUCAGUGAAUCGGUAUAUGGAAUGCCUUGGUCAAGCUAUUUGAUUUCUUUGACUUUGGCACCACUUUCUUGGAUCCUUUGCAUGGUUUCUACUUGCAUUUGCAUUUCCUUUUUUGGGAAUUCUUUCUUGAGGCCAAACUAUGCCCUUACACCUGAAAUAUCCAUCUAUUCAAUGGAUUUUGUCAAGUGGUGGGCGCUCUAUAAAACUCAGGAAAUUUCUUCAAAAGUUUUGGCAACACACCUCAGAGGAACAGUGUUUCUGAAAUACUGGUUUGAGACGCUUGGUGCAAGAAUUGGAUCCUUAGUUUUGCUUGACACAGUGGAUAUCACUGACCCAUCUCUGGUUUCAAUUGGAGAUGAAGUUGCCAUUGCUGAAGGGGUUUUGGUUCAAAGCCAUGAGGUGAAGAACGGAAUUCUAAGUUUCCUUCCUAUUAGAAUAGGUAAAAAUUCUUCAAUUGGACCUUAUUCUAUUAUUCAAAAAGGAAGUGUCAUCAAAGAAGGAUCUGAAGUACAUCCCCUGGAAAAGGUUGAAGGAGGCCAACAUGUGCUCAAACCUGCUAAGCUUAAUAACGUUAAAGAGAAUGCAGUGUUGCUUGUUACUACCAACAAAACUCAGUCCAAUGCCAUGUACCAUUUUCUGGGGAUCUAUCUCACUGGCCUUGUCAGCUCCCUUGCUGCAGCUAUUGCUUACAUCCUGUACAUAAGGCUCUUUCACUUGCCUGCAUCAUUCCAACACUUCUCAUUUCUUUGCAUAUGUGGUGCCUUCCACUGGAUCCCAUUUACCAUUGUAGCAUAUGCCACCAUGUUUUCUAAUGUCCCAUCAAAUCCCAUUGCCUUUACCUUUUCAUUUACCAGCGCAUACCUGCUUCAUGGCCUCAUACUCAGCUCUCUCACUUGUGCUUUGACCCGUUUGCUCAAACUCAACCAAAACCAAACCCAUUUUAAAACCUGGCUUAGACAUCAACUGACCAUUUUCUGCCACCAUAGAUUUGCAAAGCUUCUCUCAGGAACAGAAGCCUUCUGCAUAUAUUUACGCCUUUUGGGUGCAAAAAUUGGCAAGCACUGUUCCAUUAGAGCCAUCAACCCAGUUUCAAACCCUGAGUUAAUGUCAAUAGGUGAUGGUGUCCAUCUUGGUGAUUUCAGCAAGAUAAUCACCGGUUUCCACUAUUCCAAUGGAUAUGCUUGUGGAAAAAUAGAGGUUCAGGAUAAUUCAGUUGUGGGGAGUCAAAGCCUAAUCCUCCCAGGUUCUGUUGUAGAAAAGAAUGUCAUUCUAGGUGCACUUUCAGUUGCUCCAAUGAAUUCUAUCCUCCAUGAGGGUAGCGUGUAUAUUGGCUCUCAAACCCGAGUUGCAACCAGAAACUCUUCAUAUGAUUUAGAUGAAAGGAUAGAGGAGAUGGACAUGGAGUACAAAAAAGUAGUUGCAAACAUGGCUGCAAAUUUAGCUGUCACGACUAUUAAUGUCAAAGCAAGAUACUUCCACCGCAUUGGUGUUAGUGGAAAGGGGCACUUGAAAAUCUAUGACAAACUUGAUGAUGGCAUUCCACUGCACAAGAUUUUUCACCCUGGAAAAAGCUACCCUAUAAUGGUAAGACACAGUAAUAGCUUGAGCGCUGAUGAUGAUGCAAGGAUUGAUGCACGUGGUGCAGCUUUGAGGAUUCUUUCUGAUGCACCAGAUUCUAACCACCAUGUUCCCCUCAUUGACCUGACACUAAAAACUGGCAACGCAUUCUAUGCUCGCACUCUUGCUGAUUUUGCAACCUGGCUUGUCUGUGGACUUCCAGCGAGGGAGGAACUUGUUAAGCGCACCCCACAUGUUCGUGAAGCAGUGUGGAAUUCUCUUAGACAUGCUAACUCAUAUGCUGAAUUGCACUACUACUCAAACAUUUGCAGGCUCAUGCGCUUCACUGAUGGACAAGAAAUGUACGUGAAGUUUAAGCUAAGACCUUUUGACACAAGCAUAAGUGAGGACACAGGUAAGGUUGUGCCAACUGGGAUUCUUCCACCAGAAACAGGUGCAAUUCCUAGGGAUGAAAAGGACACACGUCCUUUGCUUUUCCUUGCUAAAGAUUUUCAACGUCGCGUGAAUUCCCCUGGUGGAGUUCGUUAUGUGUUCCAAGUGCAACUUCGAGCCGUGCCAGAAGAUGAAGCCGCACGUGACAUGGCACUGGACUGCACCAAACCGUGGGAUGAAAAUGAGUUCCCUUACAUUGAUGUUGGAGAGAUAAACAUCAAUGAGAAUCUCUCUAGGGAAGAAUCAGAUAGGCUUGAAUUUAACCCUUAUCUCAAAAGCCAUGAGUUGGAUGUGAUCCCUGCCACUUCCAACACCCAAAGUGCUUCAAUUGAUCAUGGCCGUUCAUUGAUCUAUGAGAUUUGCCAGCACGUGCGUAACAGACAGCCACUCCCAGAAUCUUGGAGGAACCUCGUAGAGCAGUCAAACGUUAAGGUGGACUUGUCUUGCUGUCCCGUGGCAGCAUUAUUGCCCAAAAAGGAGACAAAAAAAGUGAUGACAACCUUAACCUUGACAAGAACCUGGUACCAGACAUUCUCAGCACUUUUCACUCAACCGUUGUUGCAAACUGUUUUGCCUUACACGGUGGUGGGUUUAGCUGUUUUUGCUCCUUUAAACUUUCUUGUUAACAUGAAGAACGUUGAGAAAAUCCCAGUGCAAUGGAUGUUUCCUUUGUUUUGGGUUGUCUCAGGUGUCAUGGCUGCACUGGCAUGUGUGGUGGCCAAAUGGAUUCUCGUGGGAAGGAAGAAAGACGGUGAAACCGUACCCAUAUGGAGCAAAAGGGUCGCCAUGGAUAGCACGUGGCAAGCGAUUAGAACAUUGGUUGGGGAUUACUUCAUGGACAUGGCAAGUGGGUCGUUUUUGUUUGUGAUGUGGAUGAAGCUGAUGGGUGCAGACAUAGACAUGGAAGGUGGUGGAGCUUACGUGGACAGCACGGGGGCAUUGUUGAACCCCGAAAUGGUGAAGAUUGAGAGAGGGGGUUGUGUGGGAAGAGAAGCAUUGCUAUUUGGACACAUAUAUGAAGGUGAUGAAGGUGGAAUGGUGAAGUUUGGGGGAAUCAAAAUUGGUGAAGAUGGGUUUGUGGGAAGUAGGGCUGUGGUCAUGCCUGGUGUGCAUGUGGAGAAUGAGGCCAAUCUUUCUGCUUUGUCUCUCGCCAUGAAAGGAGAAAUAGUUAGGUCAAGAUAAAAUAUAGAUACAUAAUGAUGUUUGUUUCCAUUUACCAUAUAUAUAUUUAUGUUUAUCCAAUCAUAUGCAGGUUAGAUUAAGGUAAUAAUCAUCUUAAACAUUGUAAUGAUGUGAGAUGAUCGACCACGUAAUAGUGUGAACCAAAAAAUUGCACUACUGUGUGGAUUAAAAUUGUUAUGUCUUUCAGGUUUAUUCAGUAUGACUAACCUUAAAAUAUUUAUGUGUAUUUAAUCUAUGCUAUACUAAAAACGUCGUGUGUACCUCAUUCAAUCAUACAAUAAAAUUGUUAUAUUUAUGUUCA